AUGAUUCGAAAUCAUCUUAUUAAAAACAAUAGUGAAAAUUCAUCAUCAUUUUGGUCAGAUGACGAAAAUGUUGUUGAAUUUGAUGAACGUGAACAAUAUCCAUAUUAUGCUUUUGAUGGAAUUAAAACUCGAAUAGUUUGGGUAACAAAUUAUAUAAAUAAUGAAGAUUUUUCUAUCAAUGUAUCAGCUGAUGAUCCUCUUCUUCAAUUUGUUAAUAUUUUUUCUAAUACAAUUGAUAUUGAAACAUCACUUGCAAAUAAGAAAGAUGACAAAUCACUAGUCAAUAAAAUUCGUACUCUUGAUUUAUCAAAACUAAAUUUAGAUGAUUUAUUAUUACUCUUAUAUCGAUUACAACAAAAAACAACGAAAAAUUCUGUGAUAACUUCACCGUCUACUAUUAGUUCUUCAUCUACAUCAUCAUCAUCAUCAUCAGGUUUUAUAGCCGAUGUACCUAAACAAUUAACUACAACAUUAGCUAAACCAAUAUCAUCAUUUCAUUCUCAUAAUACAAAACAUAUUCAUUCACCAAAUGAUGUUGUUGAUAAACUUCUUCAAUCUUUUAAUCUUCGAAAUUAUAAUAGCGAGAUAAAUUAUAAUCAAAAAUUUAUUGAACAUAAAUUACAACGAUGUUCAUCACGUUAUACUUAUCAACAAUCUCAACAACAUAAAGCAAAACUUAUUUCAAAUCUUCUUUCUUCGAAUUCAAUUCGCAAAUUUCCUUGUCAUCUUCAUCAACAUAAUUCGUAUCAUUAA